AUUUUCUUUGCUGGGGCCUUAUGUUUUCUGUCGUGCCAACCAUUUAAUAUUAAUUUCACAUACAUUUAUAUAUAUAUAUAUAUUAUAUUGGUAAAAUAAAAUACAUGCCUUACAUCUCUUUUCUAUAUAAAUGGUUUCAAUAUGAGGCACACCGCUCCACCAUUGAAUUCAACACCACCAAAAGGAGGUACAAAAAAAUGGGCUCAAAUUCUUUGAAUUCAACACCACAAAAACGCCAUGUCGUUUUGUUCCCCUUCAUGUCCAAAGGCCACACCAUCCCACUCCUACACUUAGCUCGCCUCCUCCUCAGUCGCCGCUUCGCCGUCACCGUCCUCACCACUCCGGCCAACCGACCCUUCAUCGUAAACUCUCUUUCCGACACCACAGCCUCCAUUAUCGACCUUCCCUUCCCAGACAACAUCCCUAAAGUCCCUGCUGGAGUCGAAAGCACAGACAAAUUCCCAUCCAUGUCUGUGUUCUUCUCAUUCGUCACCGCUACCAAACGCAUGCAACCCGACUUCGAACGAGCGCUCGAGUCUCUUCCUCCGGUCAGUUUCAUAGUCUCCGAUGGCUUCCUCUGGUGGACGCUUGAGUCUGCCUCCAAGUUUAGCAUUCCGAGGUUGGUAUUCUACGGUAUGUCCAAUUAUGCCUCUGCUGUUAGCAAAGUUGUUUAUGAAAAUCGGCUUAUUCAUGGACCCGAAUCGAAUAACGAGUUGCUAACUGUGCCUGAUUUCCCGUGGAUCAAAAUUACCAAAAAUGACUUCGAAUCUAUGUCUAGUGACCCUGAAGUGAAGGAUGUAGCUUUUGAGUUCCAUAUGAAUAUGAUAAUAUCAACGCUAAAUAGCUUCGGCUUGGUUGUCAACAGCUUUUAUGAACUUGAGCCAGUUUUCGUUGAUUAUUGGAACAAAAAAUGUUCGCCCAAGGCCUAUUGCGUGGGUCCCCUUUGCCUCGCGGAGCCAAUUUUAUCAUCAAACAUUCGACCAACUGAUCAGCCAGCAUGGAUUCAGUGGCUGGACAAAAAGCUAGAACAGGGGAGCUCUGUUUUAUAUGUUGCAUUUGGUUCUCAAGCUGAGAUUUCACGUCAACAACUCGAAGAAAUAGCCCUUGGGUUGGAAGAAUCGAAGGUGAAUUUCUUGUGGGUCGUAAGGAAAAAAGAGCGGGAGCUAAUUGAUAGUUCAGAUGGGUUUUUAGAGAGAGUGAAAGACAGGGGAAUGGUGGUGACAGAGUGGGUAAACCAGAGGGAAAUAUUGUAUCACAAGAGCGUGCAUGGUUUUCUGAGUCACUGUGGAUGGAAUUCAGUGAUGGAGAGCAUAUGUGCUGGGGUUCCAAUUCUUGCUUGGCCCAUGAUGGCAGAGCAACCUAUGAAUGCGAGAAUGGUGGUGGAGGAGAUCAAGGUGGGGUUGAGGGUAGAGACUUGCGAUGGAUCACCGAAAGGGUUGGUGAAAUGGGAAAGUCUGAAGAAGAUGGUGAUGGAGUUAAUGGAAGGGCAAAAGGGAAAGGAAGUGAGGAAGAAAGUGAAAGAGGUUGCAGAGAUGGCGAAGAAGGCUGUGGAAGAGAGCGGAUCAUCGAAGCACACGUUGGACUCUCUCAUUGAUGAGAUAUGCCAGCGAGGAGAUGUGAGAAAGGCUUAGAGAUAUAGAUGCCAAAUACAGGUUCCAGAUACAGAGGUAUCGAAAAGAGUGGCUAUGCGUGUUUUAAUUUUAUGUUUUUUCGUGGUUUGUCAUUUUAGGACCACGAUUCCAUAUGAAAUGACUGGAUUAGUCGACAAAAAUUAUAAUCAUAAAUUCUGGCUUCUUCUUUUUUGGUAAUAAUUCGGGUUUCUUCUUGUAAGAACUAUAUCAAAUUAGUUGCAUGUUUAAAUAUGAAUGGUUAAGGAAAUUACUUCUAUGGUAGGGUACGCAGGAGAUAAAAAGUACUUUCUAGUGGCUCUAGGAUUGCGAUGGAGACCAACAAGUCUAUCCUAAUAAAGAGAAUUUGUUUGUUUCU